GAUUUGCCCUUGCUCAUUGCUUUGGUUGAGAAUAGAUUAGAGACUAAGUCCCUAUUAGUGAAUUACUUAAGACAUUAAUUGAGAAAUAUUUAGGUAAAAGAUGCGGCCACCAUUUUUGUCUUUGUUCAUUAUUCAAGCCGUUUUCAUACACAAAAUUACGUGCGGAAAUGCUGAAAUUAAAGAGUCAACACUGGAGUUACUGCUAGCAAAGUUUGAACAUUUGGAAGGAAAGCUAAAAGCGUAUGAAGAGACAAACAAUCGACAACAGGUUGAGAUCGAAAUGCUGAAAAACCAAAUACUUCAAAACAAAGAAGAAUACAAAUUGAGAAGCAGACGAGAAAACGAGGAUCCCAUUGCGUUCUACGGAAAGAUGAUGAACCAACAUACAAAUCUUUCUACAAAUUCUAUUCUCAAGUUCAAUAAUGUUGUCACCAACGUUGGUAGCCCCUACAGCCAAAAUAGCGGUCUCUUUAUUGCCCCGGUGCCCGGAAUCUACGUAUUCUCUACCACUAUUAUGAUAGAAAAUCGUAAUGACGCACACGUGGGUAUCUAUGUCAACGAUAAACUCAUGACAAACGUGAAGCUGUACGGAUCUGAGCACCAGUAUGACACGAUGAGUCAAACAGCCAUAUAUAAGCUACAGAAAAAUGACACGGUCUCCGUGAGGCGCCAUGAAGGUUCCCAGAUCCUUCACUUUGAUUACACCUCAUUCUCCGGAUUCCUGUUGCAAGAAGACUACAGUCAAACGAGUAUCAUCGGUUGACGGUUCUACAUUGAAUUUUUGAAGCUCUUUGCUUGCCAAUAAAUUUCAAAUAAAUUUAAA